AUGAUUGAUAACUACAAAGAUUGGCAUGAACAAUUGCCUUAUGCAUUGCUAGGAUACCGCACUACGGCCAAGACCUCGACUGGAGCCACUCCGUACUUACUGGGGUAUAGCACCGAAGCAGUGAUACCAGCCGAAGUAGAAAUCCCUUCACAUCGGAUAAUACAAGAAGCUAAGUUGGACGAUGCGGAUUGGAUCCGUAAAAGGUAUGAGCAGCUAGCUCUGAUAGAUGAAAAGAGGAUGAUCGCUGUUUGCCAUGGUCAACUGUACCAGCAAAGGAUGGUGCGUGCUUUCAACAAGCGUGUGAGAACUUGGGUGUUUCAAAUUAGGCAAUUGGUACUCAAAUUUAUAUUCCCUAAUCACGAAGAAUACAAAGGAAAGUUCACACCAACCUGGCAAGGGCCCUAUAUGGUACGAAAAGUGCUCUCCGGGGGAGCCGUGGUGCAUGCUGAAAUGGAUGGUCAAGAGUGGCCAAAAGCAAUAAAUUCAGACGCCAUCAAAAGAUACUGCGUGUAA